AUGCAAACAAAAGGAAUAGUAGUUGUGCCAUAUUUGCUUUUCCUACUUGUUUGUAUUACUAAUGGCACCUAUGGGCAAUGGGGUGGCUGGCAGAGUGCACAUGCCACAUUUUAUGGUGGUCGUGAUGGUUCUGGCACUAUGGGGGGAGCAUGUGGAUAUGGAAACUUAAUUGACCAAGGCUAUGGAAUUUACACAACAGCAUUAAGCACUGCCCUUUUCAAUGGUGGCUAUAGUUGUGGGGCAUGUUACCAAUUGAUGUGCCACAAUGACCCACAAUGGUGCCUCUCUGGCGCCAUCACUGUUACUGCAACAAACUAUUGUCCAUCUAAUGCUUCGUCCCAUGAAAAUGGACCAGGAUGGUGCAAUCCCCCAUUGCAACAUUUUGAUUUAUCAGUGCCAGCUUUCGAAAAGAUUGGCCAAUAUAAAGCUGGAAUAAUUCCUGUGCUCUUCAGAAGGGUUACAUGUGUGAGGCAAGGAGGGAUAAGGUUCACCAUAAAAGGGAAUGCAAACUUCUAUUUGGUGUUGGUAACAAAUGUGGCAGGGGCUGGUGAUGUUAAAGCAGUAUCAAUAAAAGGGUCAAAUACAGGGUGGAUACAAAUGAGUAGAAAUUGGGGGCAGAAUUGGCAGAGCAACUCAUACCUCAUUGGACAAAGCUUGUCUUUUAUGGUCACAACCAGUGAUGGUAGAUCAGUUACUAGUUUCAAUGUGGUGCCCCAAGGUUGGCAAUUUGGACGAACUUAUGAAGGUCGUCAAUUUUGA